CCGGAAGGCCGGAAGGAGCGAGACCGGCAGGCAGCGGGCCCGCCUUUUCCGCCCUGGGCCCGGAAGGGUGAUGUGGCUGAGGCUUCGCCGGCCUCACUAUGUCUGCCAUUUUCAAUUUUCAGAGUCUGUUGACUGUAAUCUUGCUGCUUAUAUGUACCUGUGCUUAUAUCCGAUCCAUGGCACCCAGCCUCCUGGACAGAAAUAAAACUGGAUUGUUGGGUAUAUUUUGGAAGUGUGCCAGAAUUGGUGAACGGAAGAGUCCUUAUGUUGCAGUAUGCUGUAUAGUGAUGGCCUUCAGCAUCCUAUUCAUGCAGUAGCUUGGAAAAAUACCUGAAUUUAAUUGCCAUCAGAUUUCAAUAUAAAAAGGGGACUUAUCUGCAGAAAAUAAUGCAAAGAAUGGAUAACUUUGUUUCAACAUUGAAUGAGAUAAAUUCCCAGCUGCUGUU